AUGGUUCCCCAGAUAUUAUCAGGAGUGGCAUCAGCAUUAGGAGAACCGGCUUUAUUCAGUCAUACCGGUCCAUCAGCUGAGUACUUGGACUGGUGGUGUCGUGUGGCCCAUAGAUUUCUAUCCCCAGAUGUUGCAUUUCAGUAUCCAAGGCCGAUUGUGUUGACUGAGGAGGCCCGUCAUAGAGGGUCGUCCCAGGCACCUCCCAGGGUGCAGAGUUUCUUCAUCUUAUUAAAUUAUUCUCACAAUUUUUAUUUUAUUUAUGCAGAAGCUACUCUUUUGAAGCUAAAGCUUGGUGCUAAACGUGGCGAUGUAAGUGCACAAGCUGUAGAAAUGGAUGAAUCUAGGGAUGAUUCUUCAGCUAGUUCAUCUUGCGUUGAGGAAGCAGAUAUGACCCAUAAUUGCAACAAUCUACCAAGUGCUUCAAUUUCCCAGCAUCAUAUAAUAACUGAGAUAACUAUGAUGGACACUGAUUGCUCUUCAAGUGAUAUUGCUUGUACUGGGAACAACACUGGACAGGGAAGUCACAAUAAUGUUUCCAUUCUUCGUUUCUUUAAAGUUAAGGAACCUAGUAAUUCCAGUGUCUCGUCUUGUGGCGAGGUGGUCUCGGCAAAGGAGGGUAGUUCUGGAUCUGUUUCAUCGAGUUCAGUUGAAUUACAUAGCAGUAGUGAAGGGGAGAGUGAUCUUCAAUAUUCAGAUGUUUGUGAAUUUUCCAAAUAGAGAAAGUUAUGAUCUGAAAAAUGGUCUAUUCUGCCAUGUCUCAUGCCUACAUUUUCCAAGGCUUCUAUCUGUUGUAUUGUAUCUUAGUUAAUUAAUCUGCAACAUGUCAUAAAGCUUUCAGAAUAUUUAAUCUUAUUGGCUGUAUCCGUUGAAUUUUUGCUCAAUGAUAACAUCGUCCUUUUUAUCUUCA